AUGGCGGAGAACAUGACCCAGGAUUCCGAUGUCCCUCUUUCGCAGCCACCAGGCCUUCGGGCCUCAGCACCACCUCCUCCAGGAACUACAGGGAACAACGUCCAUAAUCAUCCUCGUGCUACAAGCCCAAAUCGACUAGCUGAUUCUCAGAAGCUUCGGUUAGAUCCUACCUCGGACAAAGCGACUGCAGCGUUUAUUCGACGCACGUUGUGCUCCCACAAUGUGCUACUUGGCAACGGCGAGAAAGGACGCAGUACACCGCGGCCGAUUGAAGAUGUGCUACCUCCCUUGACAAGUUCAAAUGCGGUCGAUCUUCAGUUAUAUGGGGUAAUUUCUGUGAUCAUCAAGGAGUUCGUACAGACGUGGUACUCAAAGAUCACUCCAGACCAAGUAUUUGUCAAUGAAGUGAUUCAGAUCAUCGCUCAUUGUACCAGAGGUCUUGAGCAGCGCUUACGAAAAGUCGAUUUGGAAUCACUAUUGCUAGACGAGAUCCCUGAGUUACUUGAGUCCCAUCUAAGGUCUUUUCGCAUAGCGAAGCGACAAGCCACCUCGUACGAUUCACUAAUAUCAGACCCGCGUACAAUCUAUCAUACGCUCCACCCACACCCUGGACUCUCGCCUGUUCCAACGGACAUGAUUCCGGCCUCAGUUGUUGAGCAGCGAGAAAGCGAAUCAGCAUGGCGUCAACUGCUUGUUCACGGCGUAUUGGCUCUACUCCUACCCACUGAGGAUCUAGAGAAUGGGUGUCUUCGCGCACUAGUUGCCGAGAUCUUUGCGGAAAUGAUCCUCGGAAACGGCAUUAGCGGGAAAGCCUGUGAAGGCUGGGUGUUAUGGGAGGGUAUUACAAGAAUAGCUGAAGUGCUACAGACGGACGCUGCGAAAGAGAAGGACUCCCAAUCAGAAGGUUCUAACGGAGAGCAAUCAUUGACCCGUCUGGAACGCUACGGGCUUUUGCCGCAUGAAGGGACGGAAGUCAGGUCGACAGAGCGAUUGGACGCUGAACAGCAGCGCCCUAAGCACCCGCUAGCAUCGACAGCGGGACUUUUCUGGGCUGUUGUCCAAUAUGGAUUCAUGGCGUUUACUGCGGCGCGCGCAGUGAUCUUGUGUAUUGCGACAUCGUCUUCUCUCCCGUCGAGAUAUGUCACAAGCGAGCAGUCAUCGGGCCAAGCGCUUGGCCAAUUACAAAUGCCGCAAGCAGAAAUGACGACGUCAAGGCGCCCGUUGGGUGCCAAACGGCCCGUAGUGAGUAUGGCGCUGUGGAGCUGUGCAGCACAGGUUGUUGAACUAGACAGCCGCAUGCCUUGGCUGUCCGGUUUCACUUCAAUGGUCCAUCGUGCAUUCUUGGUCGGUCCAGGCAGGGUGGGUGAGACGGAUGGUGUAUUGGACAGUCAAUUUCGCUUGACAUGGGCAUUCGCCUCACUUUGUGAACCACAUCAAUAUCCCUCUCCACCUUCGCCCGACCCAUUGGCUCUAUGCGCCCUGGUCUCCGUCAUAUUCAACCACCAGCUACCUGUCCUGCGGCCUAGGUGGUCCAUCGAGGCCGCCAUACACACAUUUGUCCUGAUUCUGCACCAAUUGCCUUCAUACGUCUCCAUCGUAUUGCGGACACUAACCACGAGCAUGUGCAGAUUUCUCUCCCGCACUAUACACACCAGGAUCCUAAACCCCGCUUUCCUCCCAGUGGCGCUUCGCACCUUUCGUGCAACCAUUUUCCCCAAUAACACGCUUGGGCCCCCACGCCAAAUGCCAACGGACGAAGAGAUGAAGACGAUCAAGCACUGUUGUGCCGCUACGCUCCUCAAUCUAGUCCCAGCUAAGGUAGCAGCAACUUUUUUUGCGACCGAUGAGCGCGAGGCUCAGACUCAGCAAAUCGAAGACGUUCUAGGCUGCCUCGAUGACACGUACCUCAACAAGCACCUGAUUUUCCAAAUUGUGGAAUUGAUUGUCCUGCGUCUGUUCCCGGAAUUAGGGGAACAAAGCGUAAAGGAUCUUUUGGAAGAGCGUAUCAGCUGAGACGAUGGCAUUUGCACCAUCAUGAAUUUGCAACUGAAGUUGAAGACCCGCUCUUCUGUUGCCAGGCGCCGAACAAAGUCUCACCGCUCAGUAUGCGCGAACCGCUGGGCGCGGCCCGUCGCGCGCUUGUCACUGCUUCUACCUUGUUCAGGUGACUACUAGAUUCAUGACUUGGGUUCCUGGUCGCAUACAUGCUUCCUCUGCAGGUUUUUCCUUGUACGGUCGCAACAACAGCGACAACCGCAAUUACAUGAUGUACUGUCAUGUAUUACCAACUCACCGCGCACCCCGUAGUGAGACGUAGUAAAUACACCGCUGCUCCUUGUAAAGAGGGGUUUUGGCCAAUC